AUGGAAGAGGGCCAAAAAAAAUUCAAACUGAAGCAACCCGCCAGCCAUGCUGGCGAUCCCUGUGCAAGGCAAGCCGCCAAUGGUAAUGGCGGUUUCGCCUGCUCUGACGCGUCCCUCUGCUGCACUGCCAUGGCCUGUGACCUAGACCUGCACCCUCAGUCCAUGGAACUCGCCAGUUUGACUGGCGGUUCCCAAAGCGCUAAGCAUGUCGCCAUUCCAAGUGGCGAUUUGGUACAUGUCUUGCAUUACUGCUUCUUUAUUCCAAGUUCAACUGGUGAUGCGAAGGUCGUUGGGAAAGUUCUUCCUGAGCUAAAUAGGAAACUCACUGGGAUGGCAUUUUGUGUACCGAUGGAAUGA